UCGUAUCAUUUGCUCAUUUUUCUCUUCGCUCUUCGCCCGGUCGGACCGUCUACGGGCCCCGAUUCGCGCGCGGACCGCCGGACCGUGAUGACCGAUCAGUCUCAGGCCGCCCAGGGGCAAAAUGCCAAGGAAGUGCCUGAACUGCCCAAACCCGAGAUGCACAUUGUAGACAUGAGCAAGGCCGAGGUGGACUUUGCCAUCGAAGUCGCCAAGAAAGGCAUCAUCUCGCUCUUCAAGAACGAGCGCCGGUCGUUUUGCGAGGUGGCGCAGUUCAUCAAGAAAGAGUUUGACAAGACCUUCAGUGGCGCGUGGCAUGUCUUCGUUGGUAAACACUUUGGAGCUUGGGUGACCUACGAGGCGCACAAGUUGGUCUACUUCCACAUUGGCCAGGCCGGCUUCAUGAUCUACAAGCAUGGCUGAGUGAUGCUGAGUGCGAAAGUGCGCACAGUCCGACAUGCCAAGCUUGACAGAAUGAGGAAUGUGAUGGUGUCGAUGAUAUGACCGUGU